CGCUGAGACACGUGUGUGUCGCUCGUUGUGUGUAGCAGCGUAUGUAUGUUUGUGAGCGCGCAUGUGGAGCGCAUUCCUUAGCGUAUAAAGAGUCAUAAGCGCGCGGAAGUAGCACGAUGCGGCUACAAGUAUUGGAUUCUUAGCCAGCUGUCUUCUCAGAUGAACAUUGUUUUUCUCAUGGAUCCUCCUCGCCAAGGUUCAGAACAUGUCAUCACUGAAAGAAGUGAACAGGCAGAGUGGAUCCUUUGAUUCCACGAAGUAUGACAUUGAAGACCUACUUUUCAAAGUCCUUGUUAUUGGCGACUUCGGUGUUGGAAAGACCUCAUUGAUUCGGCGUUACACAGAAGGUGUGUUCGAUCCAGCCUAUAAGAUCACCAUUGGAGUUGACUUUGCCCUGAAGCACCUUGUCUGGAAUAGCAAUAAGCACAUAACCCUGCAGCUGUGGGACAUCGCUGGACACGAACGCUUUGGAUACAUGACACGGGUGUACUACAAGUAUGCCACUGCUGCUGUGAUUGUCUACGACUUGUCAAGGCCAACGACCCUGCACUCUGUGCUGAAGUGGAAGGCCGACAUUACUGCCAAGGUGGAGCAGCCAAAUGGGCGGCCCCUGCCAGUGCUGCUGGUGGCCAACAAGUGUGACCUGGGACUCCAGCCUCCCAAUGCUCGGUUUCUCAGCGCCUUCUGCCAGGAGCAUGGAUUCGCUGGCUGGUUCCCAACUUCAGCCAAGGAGAACAUCAACAUAAACGAAGCCAUGCUGUGUUUGGUGGAGGAAGUGCUGGCUCAGCGAGAGGACUGCCACCUGCCUGGACCCCGUGACCAGUCACUGAAGCGCCUUGGCCCUCACGCAACACAGCCUGGCCGUAAGCCUUGCUGCCACUGACCAGCAGAGGGAGACACUGGACCAGCGGCAAGGUGUUUUAGCCGAGCUAUUUGAUCAGCCGCUGAUCCAGCAGUAUACGCAAGUUUUCUUCUUCGGGGACCGAUGUGGUGUCUCGGUGGCUAUGGUAUUGUGCUGCUAAGUAUGAGGUCGUGGGUUCGAUACCCAGCUGUGGCAACAGCUUUGUGUUGGCGGUUGGAAUGUGAAAACACUAGUGUACCAUGCAUCUGGGUGCUCAUUAAGGAACCGCAGGUGGCCAGAGUUCAUCUGGAGUCCUCCAUUGUGGUGUCCCGGAUAACUUACUGUGUAGUUUCUAAAUGUUAGACCCCACAAUUUAAUUUUUCUCUAUGGAUGUGUUCAGAACAAAGGUAUUAGGUAAGCAGCUGCAAGGUGGCUGCCAAGGGAUGCAGCAGCUCAUUUGGCUUGGAAGUAGAGUGAUGUUUUUUCCACUCAUUCUAGUUCAACUUUACUAGUUGAACUAAAACACUGUGUUGGCUGGAGUCAUUGAAUGGAUGUUUUCCCUUGCAUGGCUGAUGUUCGGUGUGAUGAAUGACUGCAGCUGUGCAAAUUUGUUUGCUCACUGACUAAAUGUUAGUGUUCAGUAGUCUUUUUUUCUUUUUUUUCGUCAAAUACUUUUGGUCUCCAAUAUCGUAACUGUGCGUAACUGUCACUCAUGUCACAAGGGCUUUCACUAAACAAGUGACUACUUUUGUUGUACAAUAUGUCAUUACACUAUUAGCUACGCCAGGUCACUUGUCUGUGAGAGCAGACCGCGCAUAAUUGACACAGUCAUAAGUUGCCGAACAGUAUUUGAGCAGACAGCAUGGUCUGAUGGAAGCAGCUUUAACUAUGCAAAGCCUGUAAUAUUCGGUGGCAUUUGUAGGGUGUGCCUUAGUGUGUUGGGCCUUUCUUUUUCAGUUCUCUUUCACAUGGGCUUACUUUGCAAGGGAGCACUGUACCUUACGGCUGGCAGGUGUCGUAACAACACGAACAUUGUGAUUACACAGUCUACACUUGACCAUGCUUGUGGCUGGCCUCGAUUUCGUGCCCAUCUUUUGUAUUGUAAAGUUGUAAAUUAAUAUCGUAUUGCGAAGGGAACAAGCAUAAGCAUUCCACCUUUUAGGCAGGUGUCAUGGCUUAGUGUUGGAUUUCAUUCAUGGCAGUUAUCAUUUCUGUGUACGGUGUAAGGCAUGCGCCCUUUAGGUCAGGACACCAUGUGGAAUGAACAGAUUACUUUUCUAUGCUUCAAAACACUGCCACCAGGUGGCUCACUGUCUGUGAUGUGGCAGAGUCAUUCUCAAUGCGGUCUCAUUUAUAGUGAAUGAAACUGCCAUAGCUGGAAACGUCAACUAAACGUUUAUCCUUGGCACAAGGUUCAUGCACCCUUUACGGGAAAGGAACACAUUUGAGUGAUUGCAAAGUGAGGAAUUUUCGGCACACUAUUUGAGUGUGCUGUUGCUGUGACAGAUAGUGCACAAAAUUUUUUAUGCAGCGUCUCUCUCCAUCUCUCGAAUGAGCACAAUUUGCACGUGCGUUUGGAGUAUAGAAUAUUCACAGUGCUUCAAACGAAUUUGCAUGUACCAAACAGUAGACAAACAAUGUUAAGCGGCGUCAUGACACUGUGGCUCAGGGGUUAGCACUGCGAUGCAUAAUUUUAUUUUGUGUCUUGCUUUUCUGGCUUGGUUCGAGAGUUGCACCGGUUUGUGACUGGUGAUGCUGUUCUCAAAAACCUGUGAUGUGAAAGCAUGUGGUGUCAACACCUGAAGAGGUCCUGCACUGUGUACUGGUGGCAGCCCACGUCUGUCAAGAACCAUGGGUGUCCAGCUCAUCUGUGCGAGGAACUGAAGCUUGUAGAUGCUUGUCUUAUACAGAAAAGUCGUCCAACAAAUACUGGGUUCUUUUCGAGUUCCUGGUUCUUGAUCUCUGUUUUCUGUUGGAUUGGACAAUUGGCUGAUGAGAAUUUUAGUGAAGCCCAGUGUGAAGGAAGAAUCUUUACUGUAAAGGACUAAGUUUGAAAAAGACUUUAUAUUUGAGUCAUGGGCAAGUGGCCGCAUUUUUAUUACUGUUUAUUUCCUUAAAAAGGAGCUUGCCGUGUUACCUCUUGCUGGUGAACUUACAGCAGCUGCUGCUGUUUUGGCCACAUUCCAAAGUAUGCUUAUGGACAAAGCAUUCUUGGAAAAUUAUUUAUGUCCAGCUUUAAGGUAUUUGCAGUUUUGUUGCAAGUGGAGCCUGGGCGGGGCUUAGUAUCAAUGUCUAUUGCUCAAAUGGGCUUUCAUUAGUUCACUUUUGUUUGGCGCAACCUUCAAGUUUCCUACUAAAGUUACUAGAGGGAACUUUGACGCUGUGAUCAUUCUGCUGCCACAGGAACUAGGAUUAGUACUACUAGUACAAACAUUUGCCUGAUCAUCGGUUUAUGACUUCGCACAAUCUUGUGGCUUUAUGCUUGUCCUAGGCAAACUAUGCUGUUUAGACUGUGCUUUGUCCACAUUUAUUGGUCUGCAUUUCGAAACAUUUCUGUUGUAUUUGUAAACACAGAAGGCAGUAAGGGUCUGUGCACACGCAUAAUCACUGAAUUGUGGCAUUUAUAGUACAAGAUUUUGUUGAAUAUGGUCGGCUUGCCAAGUCGCAGAGCCAACUGAAGCCAUAAGGACAAAGUUCAGGCAAAUCCAUGUACUAAUCAUCAUUUCCUCGUUGUCGGAACCACCAUGCUUACAGCUCCAACAGACAGUAGCGCCAGAGCACCCACUAAGAAUUUCUGUAGGAAGCUCUACUGGUGAAGCCAAUGGACACAGGGUAAAGAGCACCAUUCACGUGGCUUUUGUUCCUCAUCGCCAGUUAUCUACUGUUGGCUGCUUUCAGAAGAGCAGUCGUGCUUCAGCGCCAUCAUUGGUUUCCUCGUGUUCUGCUGAUCCGUGCAAGGCUAUGGAAGCUGUGUUUGGGUGGGGGCCAGAGCACGACAUCCCUUUUGUACUGAGCUUUCAGUGCGUGAAAUUGCCAGGGACUAUGGUGAUCUUUGUAAAGCAGCUGUAGCUUCGUAAUGUCAAAGUAAGGCCCACUCAUUCCAAAUAUUAUUUUCGACACUUGCAUGAAAUUGUUAACUUGCAUUGUCUUUCAUUAUCCCAGCAUUGAAUGCAGUGCGAAAAUGGCGCAACAUUUGUUAUGGUCACUUUUUGGGUUUACUAUAUUUUGGGGUGCGUUGAUUGCCGCCAAGUGUCUGUACCAAAUGCAGCUUAAAGUUCACGCCAAGUGUUAAUGAGAAUGACUGUUCCAUAGUAUUGCUCAUCCAUAAUGACAUUCCAUGCAUGCUUUAUUAAGUGACGUGCAUUUGUCAAACUACCUGUGCAAGACACUGUUUUUUGUACAAUGUUCCUUGCUUUAAAGAGUAGCUACUAUGUAUGUUAGCUGUAAUGUGUAUGUUGUACUAUUCAAAGUUUGGACAUUGCCCGAGCACUUUGUGCAAGGAUCUUCAGGGCCAAUAUCCAAUGCAGUGCCUUUUUCACUGCACAGGAGAGUCUUCUGGCUGAACAUUUGCUCAUUGCAAACAGAUUUGCUGCAAAACUGUAGUGUUAACAUCCCAUCAACACAUUGGCAAUAGCUGCUUCUGUGAACGUGGCGACUAAGCCAUGGGAUUGUGCUGUAUGGUGCUGAAAGAUAUUGCUUAGUGUCUGCUCAGGCCACUAUUUUGAACGCACAUGAAUACGUUUCUCAGGAAUUGCUUUUUUGUUGUUUUUUGCAAUCUUGAGUGGAUGUAAGCAGUAAGUAGUUUAAAUGUUGAGCAGCCAUUUGCUCUUCGUGUUGCUUGUUCUGAAGGAAUAUGAAUCUGCGUGAUGCCAAGGCCAUUCUGUUCAGUUUGUGAUGAGCAGCCAAAUGGAGCUGUUAACAGCUCAGAUUUGGGGAGCCUCCAUACACAGCGCAAUUUUAGGGUGGUGACACCUCCACAAAUUCUGCCACUCUUUGCCACCAAAUUUGGCAGACUACCAUUGAGUGCGUCAAAUAUUUUUUGUUACAAAAGUGCAUCCUACAAAACAUUGAACGCAAGCAAUUGUGGAGUACAGUGGUGCAUGCUCGGUAGUGUUAUCUUGCACUAAAAUGAGAAGUUUAUUCAGCACUGUCCUUCUACUUGAACGUAAAAAAAAAGUGUCUUUUGAAGUGUUUAGUAACAAAGAAUGUUCCUAUUAGUCUGUUCAAUUAUGCAGUAAAUGUGUUGUGUGUAGAGCUCACAUACACUAUAUAGUUUGGUUGAUGCGGGCAGAGCUUAUGGAAAAAAAUUCUAUUACUUGCACACCACCAACAAUCGGGGGCAAUCUGGGUGACCUCAUUAUAAAACGCCAUUUUGAUUCUCGCAUAGCUAAAGGUUCGGCAAGCAUAUUUAGGGGGCGGCAGCAUGCCCUUUCCGAGGUUGGCACCACCCUAAAGCAAGAGACAGGCGUUUGUGGGAAGGCUCCCUACUCUAAACGGCUUUCAAUGGAAGUCGCAAGCAUAGUGGUUUGGUUGAGCUGGGGACAUUGCAAGGUGUGGUGUUGGGUAGGGCACGAGAAAUGAGGACAAAGACUGAGACACCCUUUACAGGGCAACGUGUGUCUCUCUCUUAUAUUUGACCCUAAUUUUCGUGCGCUGCCUACACAAAAUUAAAGUGCUGCCGAACAGCACUAGUGAUAUGCGGUGUUCUGCUUCUUCCUGGGCUGAUAUAACUUCAUUGCAAACAAAUAUAAAGCUUCUGUUUUGUUCGUUGCCAACUGCCAAAGCAGGCAAGAAAACCUUGGGUCUUUACUUGUGACUUGACACAUUGCAUAAUUUUGGCACGGAGCACAGUUCCAAAGAGUCUGUGUCUUUCUACACAGUGAAGCAAGGCUUAAUAUGUGUGGAAGGGCAGGCCAGUCAGUUUGUGUAACAUUUGGCAUCUUCAAUUUGUCGUUCCUGACUGCCCAGACCUAUCUGAGAUGCUGCUUUCAGCCAGUCUUUGUUCGUGUGCAUGGUUUUCCGGGCAAUUCUGUGCUAUUCAGGACGACGAAUCAAAGAGGCCCCUUGUCAAGGUUAAGACUGCAAGACAAGGUAGAGAGAUGAAACAACACGAGUUCUGUCGUGUCUUGUUUCUCUGUUCUGGCUGAUGAUGCUAUUUUGUGUCUUUGAUUCAGACAAGACUGCACAAUGCAAUUAAAAAAAAAGCAUGGUAUAUGGUCCUGGCACACAAAAUUUUGCCCUGGCUUUGACUGACUUUUUCGUAGACUUAAUUUACAGCAGAUGGUGAAUGGCUGCAUGGCUGCCCUUAUUCAUUUGCGACAGUUUUGGCCCCAACAGUGUUGAUUAAUUAAGGCUGCUAGCUGUGCUUCGUUGUAGUGGAAGUUACAGAACUUUCAUUUAGUAGUUUGUUACUCUCUUUGCAUGCUCACAAAAGCACAUGCUUCAACGGUGUAAUGUCGUUGCACAACCAGAUUGUGAUCGCAUGCUAAUGUGGUUUUACUGGUACUGCUGUGUACAGUGCAAUGCUUGUUCACUGGCCAGGACUUGUCCUCUCCUUGAAGCAGAUGCACGUUUGUGUCAGUGGCACACACAGUGUUUGUGUGUACCAUGACAUUGUAAUGGCGAAGUACACUAGCAGUGUAAUCUCAUCAAAUGUUGUAUGAUCGAGCGUUCUCUUUUUGUUUUCUGGUGGUGGUAUUGGUGGUGGUGGUGUGCAGUUUACCCGAGCUGAACGGCCUGUGUUUUUGCGGCCGUCAAUGCGUGCCGAUUUGUUUUCAGCUUCGGGGAAUGUUUUUUAUAGUAUUGUUUUGUUUUACAAGUGUUGUUUACCUUGUCAUUGAUCACUGCAUGUCAUGGCUGCCAAAUGCUGGCAUUUGGUGCAUUUGCAUUUGUUUGCCUCACUUUCCAUUGGAGGUGUGCUGGCAUGCCUUCGACAUUUGUCCUCUCAUUACUGGAGUCCUUGCAUAUGUUUGUGCGCAAACUGCUCUUGUUCCGCAAACCUUCUUCCAUAUCUGUGUGUGACUGCGGCUUUUUGAUUAUAAAGGUAAAUUGAGUAUAAAGUGGGGAACACAGUACAAGAAAAUAAACGUGUUCAGUUGAACACUAGCCAGAUUUCAAUAAAGGUUAAUAUUUACACUGUUACUGUAAGCCUCUGGGUGAAAGUUUACUGUUCUGCAUUAAUGCUGCAGUGACCUCGCUUGCUUUGGAAAAACUAUUGUUUGGAAAGUAGCACAUGGUUUUCAUUAUAGUCUUCAUAAUGCCAAAAACACUUAAUGCGGCCAUUUUUUUUUUACUAGCUUCAGCAGCUCUUUUUGACUGAGCUUCUGUAAUGGAAGUGUUGUCAUGACAACAUGAAAUGGCAACUGAAAUCGCAACGGGCGAAUUCAGAAGGGAUCCAGUGGCAGAGUGCACCAAUCAGCUUGAUCCAAGAUACAUGAGGAAGUCACUCUUGCGGGCAUUGCAGUUGCUCCUGCAGCUUAAAUAACAUGAUCACCUCGUUAGGUUUUGGUCAAUCCCAGCAACAUUUUCUUGCCACUCAAGAGUAUAAAACAUUGCGGUUAAUUUUACAAGUGUUAAAGAAAGAAAAUAGCGGCUGGUACCAUAGGCAGAACUGUUACAGCUUGAUGCAGCCGACCAGUGUUGCCUGAUUAGAUGUACUGAAAGUUGGAUAAAUAGGAGUGCAAGUUAUACAGGACUUCCUGCUAAACUGCAUUCGAUUUUGCCCUCAGACUUUGCACAGGGUUAGCAUUUAGCAAUGAGAUUUUUAAUACUACGUUUAUGGGGACUAGCUUACCAGUUGUCAAUAAAUUCGAGUAGAUGUCGUCUGUAGCGAUGUCACUCAAAAAUGUUAGAUUCCACUGCAAUAGAAUGUGAUGCUACAUUGUGAACACUGUUCACCGUAGCUGUUAUAGAUGGCACCACCAUUCCAUUGCAGUGGACCUAUGUCUUGAGUGGCAUGCGGACACCCUCUUAGUACUGGCCAGUUUCAUCAACAAUUUCUAAUGCCCAUAAAUUGGUGUUUAGGUAAACUCGCUGCAAAAUGCUACAUCAAAGCAAAAUUUUAGCGUGAGUGAGCCAGUGGUUCAGCAGGAUUACUGUAGUCUUCUUGUAUAGCUAGAGCACCUAUUUAUGUCACACUCAGUACGUUGAAGUUUUCGUCAAGCUUAUCGAGUGUGGUCUCGCAGUUGCUGUUGCAGAAAACAGUACCAGGAGAUACCACUCUAGUAUAGUUUGGCACAGCGAGCUCUCACUAAAUGUGAGAACAUCAAUGUACGGUGCACACCCCCUGCACUUCAAGGCCCUUACCUCUAGGCAUCACGAGGUGGCAUGUUCUUCCAAUCCAGAGUUUAGCACUGCUUACAGCAAGUUGUUGCAUUGGCUGCUGCAAGCUUUUUGUGGCAUUCUAGAUGCAGGUCCGGCGACUUCGAAAGGCCAUGAAGCAUGCGCUCGAACUGUGGCAGGUAUGUGGUGCUGGGGUAUUCCUCAAAAAGUUGAAAGCGUCGGUCGUUUUUACUAGUGUGGUGGGCCCAUGAGCAUAGAUUGUUGAUUUUCUAGAGUUUGCAGUGCAAGUGCAUUGCUUGUGUUAUUUUGAACGAUAGCAGAGCACAAAAUCGCAAUAGUCUCAAAAUGUACCGUUCGAUCAAAAAUUUCGGUUCUUGUACUGUGACCCCACUUUAUGACCCUGCUUUAAUGCACUGUGUUUGGAAACUUGGAUUAUUCAUGUGUGGCGGAAAAAUUUGCCUGCCAUGUUCAGUUGUUACACACGUGAACUACUGCGCUGAUAAUUUCAUGCUUCUAUACCUGAGGAUAAUAGAUGUGUAACUGCCAUCCAUUGACGACAGUGUGGAAUGAGUAUCCAUUGUAUUUCUUGGGAACAUAUUUCUUGCCAAAUACUUUUAAGCAGGAAACACUUUGUACGAUUUCGCGUGUGGGUUGAUGUACGGUUUGUCGUAUCCAACAAUUUUCAGUAGUGGGCAGCCAUCUUUCACACCUGCAUCGGAUGUCUCAUUCUACCACAUGCCACCUGCUUUACAGUCAUAGCACUACAUGAUAGUGGUGGUAGUUGUGGUGUAACGUCACAUGUGAGCAUUUAUCACUUUAAUGCAUUGCAGGUACAUUUUCACGUGGCGUGUGCAACUGAGUUUUACUGCGAAAAACACUUGAAUGCGAAAGAAUGGGCUGAAUGUCUCCGUUCGUUAGCAUGCAUCUCAAAUGAUUUUUAUGCGACAUGAGAAAAGUGUCCUGGUGGUUUGAGAUAUUGAACCAGUGCUUAAUGGGACUUUAUAGAGAAAUGCUAGAUCUGUUUCAACUGAUCGGGUAUUCCUUGAAAACUAACUUAAUUAUUAGAAGUCGUAGUUCCAUUUCUUGAAUUUAAUGCCAAAACCACAUCCCAGUAUGUCAUUGUGACCUCGUGGAUUUCAAAGUAAAUUUUUGUAUUUGGGCCACUGUAGCUGAGUGAAAGAACUCGAAACUUGCUAAGUUCAGUCAUUGGCUCUUUUAGUAUACAGCAUAGUCCAGUUUUGUCGAUAAGAAAUAAACAAGGCCCAAGCAGAUGCUGUCAAAAUCCGUGAUUUUACACGAGCGUCACAACUUCAGGGCAGUAGUAUCACCAGCCGUCUUUUCUCUUCAAGUCAUUUCAGUCUUACCAAAUCGCUUUUUACAGUAAGAGUGAGAUUUUUUGGUGUUGUAGUAGGUUAAAUUGCUAGUGCAACUUGGGUAAUUUUUCUCUUUAGUGCCCCUUUAAGUCUUCAAGCCAAGUGCUCCAACUAGUACUACAUGUGCGCCUUAUACUGGGCUCAACUGUUGCAAGCUAAGAACUGGGCUGGAUGUGUUUGCCCCUAGCUGAACAGAUUCCCCAGGCUGUGCUGAAUGACAUCUGGUAGGAAUGGCAGAGUGGGUGUGACGGCAAUGACAAGUUAAAAAUGAAAGUGUUGUGCUUUUCGAAAUCGGUGCAGUAUACAGCUGUGGUUAAAAAAAGCACCUUCAGACCACGGCAUGGAGAGUACAAGUUUCAGCCAGAGCAUUCACAUCAGCUGAUCGAGGGUGAGAAGUAGUAGACUGGGAAAGGAAAAGAGCCUUGCGAAAAUGCCCGAUAAGUGCUGUCUGCGGAAAUUCUAUUAAUGGCACAUUCAACUGGUCGUUUAUACCUGCGAAGUUUCAAAGGCUGUUUAACGGUGUAACUAAUCUUUAUCAUGACCAUAAACAUGGUCUGUAUAAUACAGCUUUAUAAAUGUAUUUGAAAGCACUGUCAGCUCUCAAAAGACCAGUUGAAUGUGCCUUAAGGGAAUCAGUUACUGAAAUCUCCCAUGUCAUUUCUUUUUUUCUUUUUGCAUACACUGCAAUUUACGUGCAGCUUCAUUGUUAACAAAUAGUGUUUCAUUGUAGAUAAAGAAAAGUAAUGUGUGUAUUGUUAGAUUCUGUGUAUAGUUUGAUGUGCAGCAUCCUGACAAGAACAGUUGCAGUUGUCAUUUUGCCAUCCCUCAUAAGGAAAUGUUACACUGUGAAGUCAUUUCUUUUUCUACAUUGCUGUUUCUUUAGCCACACAGUAGUGCAGCAAAUGUUAUGUUUAUUGAAAGUAAUUUUUUGUCUUGCUUACACGUCCUUUUACACACAUUUAUUGGCUGAACAAGAGUAGCUUGUAGAAGUUUUGCUCAUUUUUUAAGCCAUUAUUCCUCAAAUGAAAGCUUGUGAUGAACAGGAAAGGACUGCUAGAGAUUGUACAAGGAUGUUUUGCAUUGUUGGUACUCUUUUUUGUGUGCCAACAGAAUUGAGUGAGCCAGUGUUGACAUUUGAAUAAAGUUUCCACGUGAA